AUGAACCCCCCAAACACCAAUCUCCGAGCCUUCAACCUCGCCGUCUCCACCCUCCUAAAAAGCCCCGCCCAAUUCCUCCCACACCUCACCAUCCCGACCAUCACGCAUCUCCCCGAACAAAUCGGUCCUGUCCUCGAAUCGACCUACGCCAACACCACCUCCCAAGAGAAACCCAAACCCAUCACCAUAAAAGCCCUAAUCCUUGACAAAGACGCGACCCUCUGCGCCCCAAAAACAACCACCUUCCCCCCUCAAAUCCUCGCCAAACUAAACCACCUCCGAACAUCCCCCACCUCGCCCUUCAACAAAACCACCGCCCCAGAUUCAAUCCUAAUCGUGUCGAACCGCGCGGGCUCCCACCCAACCUACGAUGCCGAGAUCAGCGCUCUCGAAAAGAACGGACUCCAGGGGCUGGGGAUCCCCAUAUUCAGACUCCCCCAGGGGAGCGCAAAGAAGCCGUUUUGCGGGGCGGAGGUACUGGCCUGGUUCCGAGAGCGGGGGGUCGUGAAGGGACCAGAGGAGAUUGCCGUCGUGGGGGAUCGGUUGGGGACGGAUGUGUUGAUGGCGAAGGAGAUGGGGGCGUGGAGUAUUUGGUGCAAGGAUGGGGUGACGGAGGGGGUUGAUCCGAGGAGGGAGAGGGAGGGGUUGAAUAUCCUGGAGAAGAUGGAGGCGUGGGUGGAGAGGUAUUUGCGGGAGUCGAGGGGGUUGAAGGCUCCGGCGCCAAAGGGGUGGUUGGAUCAGUGA